UAAUACUUUAGAUUCAAGAAAUGACUGGACCAACUAGCUAGCUCGCUUAUAUAUAUAGGUACAUUUAUGAUCAGAUGGCUCUAAAGGUAGCUAUACAGAGAUUGUUAAUUCAGAUUAAUUUGCAUUAUUAAUUAAAGGGGGGAUCUGAGAACAUAUGGAGGUUUCAAGCAAAAUCUUUCAGGUACUCGUCGUGUUUGUUAUUGCUGUUGCAGCAGAGAAAGCCUUAGCAACAACUCAUGUGGUUGGAGGAAGCCAAGGCUGGGACCAGUCCAUCGAUUUUGAUUCGUGGGCAUCUUCUCAGACAUUCAAAGUUGGAGAUGACUUGGAUUUCAAAUACACGUCAAUGCACAGUGUGGUCGAGCUGAAAGAAGACGCGUAUAAGAAAUGCGACGUUGGAUCUCCAUUGAACUCAUUCACCGACGGUGAUAGUAAAAUUAAGUUGAGCAAAGCCGGAACACGGUAUUUCGCGUGUAGGACCGCGGGCCACUGUGAUGGAGGAAUGAAGGUCAAAAUCACGACUGUUGAAGCUAGCAGCACCUCCUCCUCCUCUGGCCCGUCAGCCAGUAAUCCGCCAUCAGCUCCGGGAGCAGCUGCUUCCACCUCAGCAGCCUACGGCGAAGCUCGAUUUUUCGGUUUCUUUCGGUUGGUUGCUGCCUUGAUGGUGGUGUGCUAUAUAUAAAGAAUGCAGAUUUUGUGUAUGGCAAUUCUAACACUUUUUUUUUGUUGGUUUUGUUAUGGAUUGGGUUAUGAUUUCUUUGGUUCUUUUUGUUGCUUGUAUUGUCUUUGAGUGAAUAAUGAUCAUAUUACUUUAUGGGUGAAAAAUGAGUUAGUUAAAUAAAGGCUUUCUUGUUAAGUGCUUCAUUGACUUUGUAUUGGAAUUUCAUGAACUUGAUGGAUUGUGAUUUGUGAAUAAGGGUGGCAUUUGACCCAUUUUUGUGAAUAAGGGUGCCAUUUGGCCCAACUUGACAUGCAGCCUUUGAGGCGCGUUGGAUUCGUCCCAUUUUCAAAAUGGGUCAAGUUGCAUCCACGAUAUUUAAUUGAGG